CUUAAUUUGACAUUGGGUCCUUCAGGCAAUAUUGAAGAUGGCGGCGCCCUUAUGGAUAUCUUCUGUCCUCCGGAUAACUCUAAGAGGUCCUAGCCUGGUUCAGGCGGGGGGGCGCCAGCUCUCACACCUGUCCCGGCCUGCUGCCGCCUGCCGGGCCCUCACCCCGACCCCGACCCCGACCCCGACCCCGACCCUGUUCCCCACGCUGCAAGUCCGGCACGGCAGCUUCUUCAACAAACUGACAGCAGAGCAGCUGUGGAAGGGGGUCCUGGCGGAGACCGGAGCCGGGGCGCGGAAAGGCCGUGGGAAGAGGUCCAAGCGGAAGGGCAAGAAAGACCUCAACCGAGGGCAGCGCAUCGGGGAAGGCCGCGGAGGGUACCUGUGGCCGGGGCUGAACACCUCGCUGCCGCGGGAGGGGCCCCCUAAGCUGUUCUCCCAGCGGAGCACCGCCCAGCAGGAGGAGGUGCGUGCGGAGAUGGAGCGCAGCAACGAGGCGUACGAGAGGAGCAGGAGGACGAAGGUGAAGAAGGAGCGCGGCUGGACCGGGAACUCCUGGGGCGGGAUCAGCCUGGGGCCCCCGGACCCCGGCCCCAACGGCGAGACCUAUCACGAGUUUGACUCUCGGGCGAUAGAGGUGAAGAACGUUUUCAACAUGACGGCCAACGAGGGGAGGAAGAGGUCGGUCAGCUGUCUGGUUGCUGUGGGAAACGGACAAGGGGCCGCAGGGUUCGCUGUGGGGAAGGCUGCAGACCGAAUGACGGCCUUGAGAAAAGCAAAGAACAAAGCGAUUCACUUCCUGUACUUCAUUGAAAGAUACAACGACCACACCAUUUACCACGAUAUCAGCUCAACCUUUAAGAGGACAACUCUGCGGAUGAAGAAGCAGAAUCGAGGCUACGGUCUGCACUGCCACAGGGCGGUCAUCACCAUCUGUAAGCUGAUUGGCAUCGAGGACAUGUACGCCAAAGUGUCCGGAUCCACCAACCUGCUCAACCUCACACGGGCGCUGUUCCAGGGGCUGGCCACACAGGAGACACACAGGGCCCUCUCUCAGAGGACGCAGCUCCACGUUGUGGAGUUCCAGCCGGAGCGCGGGCCCCUCCCCAUCGUGGUGGCCACGCCCCCGGGCGGAGCCCGCUCCAACCCAGAACCCGAGGACGAGGUUCCGGACACGCGGCUGGACUGGGCCGAGGUCCGGGCCACCCAGGGCACUAAGCGCUCCGUCUGGGCCAACGUCAAGAGAACCGUGUGGUGACCUCCGGCACGGCUCCUCCUGAGCUCCUGUCCCACGCCACCCCCGGGGCCCUGUCCCAUCCCCGCUGGCCCUAAACACACCCAGGGGCCCUGUCCCACCCCCGCUGGCCCUAAACACACACAGGGGCCCUGUCCCACUCCCGCUGGCCCUAAACACACCCAGGGGCCCUGUCCCACCCCCGCUGGCCCUAAACACACACAGGGGCCCUGUCCCACCCCCGCUGGCCCUAAACACACACAGGGGCCCUGUCCCACCCCCGCUGGCCCUAAACACACACAGGGGCCCUGUCCCACCCCCGCUGGCCCUAAACACACACAGGGGCCCUGUCCCACCCCCACUGGCCCUAAACACACACAGGGGCCCCAGCCCACUCCCGCUGGCCCUAAACACACCCAGGGGCCCUGUCCCACCCCCGCUGGCCCUAAACACACACAGGGGCCCCUGUCCCACUCCCGCUGGCCCUAAACACACCCAGGGGCCCCAGCCCACUCCCGCUGGCCCUAAACACACACAGGGGCCCCAGCCCACUCUCGCUGGCCCUAAACACACACAGGGGCCCCAGCCCACUCCCACUGGCCCUAAACACACACAGGGGCCCCGUCCCAACCACUUAUCUCUCACCUCCUUCCUGAGAUCUGAUGCCAGCCCAUGUUCUCAGUUUCAUCAUCAGCUCUUGUCAUUUUUUUAAUCUGACUUUUCUGUUUUGAGCUGCAGCUUAAAGAUUGCUUGUGUAUCCCCACUGAACACAUGAGAAUGUGCAUUAACCAGAUUAAAGCAGAGGAAUUAAAACAUGAUAAAGAAUCCUCCA